CCUGAUAACCCAACACACGGAAGAGGACAAAGUUGAUCCUUACACAUCGACCAAGGAAACACGCCAGCCGAGACUCGCAUCAGCAUAAAGUAUUGGUGUCUAACACCAACCGACGACAGAUGCAUAUUACACAUAUCUAAAAUACAGAUACUAUUGAACGUUGGUAUUCAAGAUGGUGUGGCUGUACGCUGUAGCUGCGGUGGUGGCUUUUUUUCUCCUGAAGGAGCUGAUGAGACUUCCAACUGUCGGCAAAUAUGGGGAACGUUACGUCUUCAUCACCGGCUGCGACACCGGCUUUGGGAACCUACUGGCCAAACGACUGGACUCCCUCGGCUUCAACGUGUUUGCAGCGUGUUUCUCUGAAAGAGGAGCAGAUGAACUGAGGAAAGUGUCGUCUGCCCGACUGAAGACGUUGUCCUUGGAUGUGACUAAACCUGACAGUAUUGUGAAGGCGCGUGCAACAGUAGAAAAACAACUUCCGUCAAAUAAAGGUUUAUGGGCAAUUGUGAACAACGCAGGAAUAUCAGGCGCCAUAGGUCAGAUAGAGUGGCUGACAAGAGCGGAUUAUGAACGUUGUCUGUCCGUCAAUCUGUACGGUGUCAUUGAUGUCACGAAAACCUUCCUACCCCUUGUGCGCAGAUGUCGUGGUCGUGUGGUCAAUAUAUCAAGCAUGAUGGGAAGGAUAGCUGCCGCUUCUGCCCCCUAUGUUGUGUCCAAAUAUGGUGUUGAAGGUUUCACAGAUUGCCUCAGACGUGAGGUUUUAAAGCAGGGCGUUAGUGUCCAUCUACUGGAGCCUGGCUACUUCAAAACAGAUAUAGCGAAUGUGGACGCCAUCACCAAGUCCUUCCAGACAUGUUUCAAUCAGGCAGACCGAGAAGUACAGCGUUACUAUGGAAGCGAAUUCGUCCCGAAAAUGAAAGCCAUGAUUACCGAGAUGCUGGAGAAAGUGGCGUCCCCCAAGACGCAUCUGGUUGUGGACGCCUUCACACAUGCCAUCACCGCCAUGUUCCCCCGCACUCGCUACCUGGUGGGAAACGACUGCAAGUACGUUUUCAGACCCCUGUGGAAUCUGCCUGAGUGGAUCUCUGAUCGGGUCCUCACGGCCAAAUUUGUGGUGCCAGAGGGUGCAUUGUAGAACAUACCAGAACAUUUACCAUUAUAUACGUAAUAUAUUGAGUAAAACGUGAUGACGGUACAUGAACAGUACGGCAUGAUAUCUCAUGACUCACCUAAUGAAACAGUUGAAAGAAUGUAAAUAUUUCACCAGCCUCUGUUAAUUUAUAUGUAUUUGCAUGAUUUUCGUUCACGUAUAUUUCAGUUUACAAGCAUAAGAAUUACAAACUGAUAUAAGAAUUGUAAAUGUGCCUCAUUGUCUGGAUGCUAAAAAAGAAAUGCUAUAUACAGUAUCAUGAAAUUGCCAAUGGUAAACAUAUCUGAUUAUAUAAAGUUGCUUUUGUUCAAACUAUUAUUUGGUUAUGCUGCGAAAACGAAACUAUUGUGUCUGUCCAUGUAUUGUCAUUGGAUGAAGUGACGAAGCUAUGCGAGACCCAUUUCCAAUUUUAGUGACAAUUUGACCUCGGUUUCAAAACAUCGUUCUUAUACAACAGUCUUGUGCGCAAGUUGUCGAUCUUGGUUUGUCUUCAACGUUUUUUGUCUGUCGAUCUCGCUAUUGUAAUCUGCUUUUUACUGAUUUCUAAAGAGUUUCGGGUUUUUUUCACAUUAUUUUUAUUCAUUUCACUUCGGCAGGUGUAGAUACAUAUAUCUUAUCAUUGUUUUUCAAAGCUUACACAGGACGCGCUCAUAAAAUGAUGGAGAUGUCAGGUGUAUAAUUAUAUCUGUAAUACAUUGUUCAGAGGUUUCCACGUCGUCAUAUGAGCGAAAUAUUCUCAAGCGCGACGUAAAACCCAAUUUCACCUCACCUCACCUCAGAGGUUUCCAUUUGGAAUUAACUUUAGGCAAAGCAUUGUUCUUACAAGCAAUAAUUCUUUCUACUUUGUACACAUCCUUGACGAUAUUAGCAAGACAGUCAAUGGAUAGUUCAUUCUGUUUUGUACUUGAAGAAUGAAUAUUUUCUUUGGCCAACAGGAUAAUGUGUGUUGCUAGUAGACGAGCUGAACUGUUGCAAAAGAGAAUGUCUUGAUCAGAAAUGGGAACAUCACAAUGUGUGGGAUUAAUAAAGUGUUCAACCUUUCUGCAAACUUCCUGUACAAGAUUACAUUUUAUGAAUACAUGUUGGAGGCUUUCUGGUUCAGAUUGACAAAAAGAGCAAAUAUUUGUUUAAGUUAUCUUCAUUUGCACCAACUCUUUUCUAGUAUCAAUUGCUCUGUUUAAAAAUCUAUACUGAAAAUCUUACAUCUUUACAUCCUUGUGCAGUUUCUGUAUUUUUUAAACACGAUGUUCCUUGAAAUAUCUAUAUUUAGUUCGUUCUGUCAUUUCUGACAAACUGUAGAUAGGGUAUCAUUUGCUAUAAGUUUGUCAUAGAAAAUUCUACAUCCCUUCAUUUGAGAAAGUAGGUCUUGAAGACUUGAGUUUAGUGAGAGGUUUUGUGUACUUACGGGAUCAGAUAAAAGAGUAUUUUUCCAAGAUUUGGGAAUAUUCAAGAUGAUUGUAUUGUACUCUAAAACUGUUCCAUUUAUGCAGUGGAGCUUUUGUAUUUCAUUGAAAGACAAGAAACAUGUUCACCCCAUAUAUCUCUUAUUGUAUGAAUACCUCUGUUAAACCAAUCUUCAAUCAAGAAAUUACUAUUUCUAAAUUGGUGGUUCAACCACAAAGGUUCAGCCAAGAUUUCUUCUGGUUGACAAGUAUUUAUCUUAUGUUGUUGUUUAUAAUAUUUACUCCAAAUAGAUAAAACAUCACUCCAAAAUGGGUUAUCAAUCUUUGCAUGACUGUGAAUAUGUGCAUCAAGAAGAAACAUUUUGUUGAGUGGAAAUAAACUGGGAUUGUGA